GCUCGGCUUGUUCCUACCCGUCGAUAACGUGACUGUAGGGAAACGAACAAGAACACUUUAAAAUCUUCGAAAUCCUUGUAUGGAGAUUUGAAGAAUGGCUUUUAACUUUAGAUACACACGAUAUUCAGCCUUUUGCCAUUUGAUCCUCGGUGGAUUGUGCAUCAUUUUUGGCAUAGCUGAUCGAGCCUCCAUGUAUGAUCCAGAUGCUUUUCAGACUGAAGGAGUGAUUGCAAUCUGGAUGGGUGCUUGGUUCUUCAUGACCGGGAUUCUUGGAUGCUUUGCUACUCAACGCAUUCCAAACAGUGCAAGACCCAAUGCUCCCUUGGUUGGCACCUACUUGGCAUUCUCCAUUGUGGGAACUGUGUUUGCUGGAACGAUGAUUAUUUGCUAUAGCAUCGGAAUUGCUAUAAUUGCGUCUUCUGGAAGAGCUAGCACAGAAACCUGCAAUUCAGAUGGUGAAUGUACAUGGACACCCUCUUCACCUAAAUGCCCAAAUAAAUGCCGAGUAAGUGUUGGAUUGGGUGCCAUGAUCAUUAUCUUUGCUGUUGUUGAAUUUGGUGUUGGUAUCUGGUCUUCCAUCUGCUGUUGUAUGGGUUACGAGUGCUGUUGCUGCGACACGUCUACUCCACAACAAAUGCACCAGGGACAGAUUGUCUACCUUCAAACUCAAGGAGGUCCUGUUGGUGCUUAUGUCAUGACUCAGGGACCUAAUGGGAUGCCUGUGGCUGUCCCAGCAAUGACUGGAGGACCUGUCUAUCCGGCACCAAACCAGGAUGUGGAUGGACAAGGGUAUAUGAUGCAGACUCGUCCACAGGGUGCAAUGGCUGUAACACCUACACACCAAGUACAGGGUUUUCCUACCUCCAUUGCCCAGCAACCAGUUGUGACAACUCAGCAUGCAUUUAAUGCUCCUACCACUGGCUAUAGAGUGUAACCAGCUUCAGUGUCUUGAAUACUUUUGAUAAAGAAAAAGACAUACCUCAAUGUUCAACAAAUGGUUUUUGACUCGGUUUAUAGCUUAGACUAUCAUGAUAACAUUAACCGAGAGUGGUAAACUCUUUGAAGUUAAAUUUGUAGGAGUAAUGUAAUGUAAUGUAAUGUAAUGUAAUGUAAUGUAAUGUAAUGUAAUGUAAUGUAAUGUAAUGUUCAGUUUAAAUUAUUUGGUUUUUUUUUCUUGAUCAAGAAAGCAGUCAAACUGCAAACUUUUAUUGUAAAGGGCAGACUUGUUAUGAUGAUAAUGAUGAUGAUGUUAAAUUAAGAUAAAAAUGUUGCUGAUAAAAUAAUGAAAAUUACCACGAAAGUGGUUCUUCUUUGUUAAUUUUCAUAACUUUUAAAAUUUACAUUCAAUCUUGGAGGACCUCCCUGAUUCAAUACAUUGAUAGUCAUAUUAGAGGAACCAGAAGGAUACAUGCAGGUUAAACCAUACAUCUCCUAACAAUAUUCAAAGAAAAUGUAGAAUAUGUGGUCUUUUGGGCCGUAAUAUUUGUAAUGAAUGGAAUUUUUAAGGAAUGUAACCAGAUACGUUUAUAUUAAUC